GUUUGAGUGUAAAAAAUAUAGGGCCUUUUAUGAAUCUCUUAUAAGGAAAAUGGAAGAACAUUUAUCGAAUGGGAACAAAUCUAAAUAUUUAUAUAGUAAUACUUUGAUUUGGUGAAUUCUAAAAGUAUACGUGGGAUUGAUCGGCGUAUGAUCAUCCAUUAAUUCUUGCACUUUAUGCUCUGCAGAGGAAUGCGAAACCACCUCUUUCUCCUUCUUCUCUUCAUCUCCACUUCAUCUGUAGCCAGAGACACACUUCCAGAAGGUUCCUCACUUUCGGUAGAGAAACAAAGUGACAUCCUCCUUUCAUCCAAUGGCGAUUUUUCCGCCGGUUUCUUCCGAGUUGGUCAAAACGCCUUCUGCUUCUCCGUUUGCUUCACGCGCUCCAAACAACCCACCGUUUUAUGGAUGGCCAAACGUGACCAACCCGUCAACGGCAAAGGCUCCUUCCUCUCACUCCGGAAAAGCGGCAACCUCGUUUUGACGGAUGCUGGAGGAACCAUUAUCUGGGAAACCGCCACUCUUUCCUCCUUCCAACUUCACCUAAAGCUAAGAAACAAUGGAAACCUUCUUCUCCUCACUUCCGAAGGCACAACCAUUUGGCAAAACUUCGAUUCCCCAACGGAUACCCUUCUUCCAACGCAGCCACUCACAGAGCGAGUCGCUCUCGUUUCUCCGAGAAGUGCAACGAACCAUUCCUCCGGAUUCUACAAACUUUACUUCGACGACGAGUCCUUUCUUCGCUUACUCUACAAAGGUCACACGUUUUCCAGCGUGUACUGGCCAGCACCGUGGCAGCUUCCAACUGUUCCAACUGACAUAGGCAGAACCAACUACAAUUUCACCAAAACCGCUUUGUUAGAUUCCUUUGGACUCUUCACUUCCUCUGAUGGGUUUGAAUUCCGCUCCACCGAUUAUCCCAAAAAACUGUACAGGAGACUCAAGAUGGAUUCUGAUGGUAAUGUGCGUUUGUAUAGCUUCAACGAGGAGCGUAAGAUCUGGGAGGUGACGUGGCAAGUUGUUUCCCAACCGUGCUCCAUUCAUGGAAUUUGUGGACAGAACAGCAUCUGCAAUCAUGAUCCUGUUAUUGGGAGGACUUGCUAUUGCUUGAAAGGGUAUAAGGUUAAGGAUCCUAAUGACUGGACUCAGGGCUGUGAGCCCGAGUUUUCUCCUUCUGAUUUUUCUUGCAACAGUCGUCAGUCUUUGGGUUUUCUCCGUCUUCCAAACAUGGACCUGUACGGCUAUGAUAUGUCCUAUGGAAUCGUUUCGAGCUUAAAGGAAUGCCAGAAUCUAUGUCUGGCGCUUUGUGAUGAAUGUGUAGCUGUUCAAUUAAAGUUUAACGAAUUUGGAACAUUUCGUUGUUAUGUGAAAAAGGUGGCAUUCAAUGGAAGGGAUAGUCCUCAUAUAAUUGUAGAUACCUAUAUAAAGUUGCCAAAUUCGAUUUUGCGCUCGUCCACAAAGAUUCUAAAACAUUCCAGGAUGAAUUGCUCCGUCGGUUUGUCUCAAAAGUUGAACAGGUUUUAUCAGCCGCCAGAAAAAAACUCCACGUUGAGUUUCUUGGUUUGGUUCGCUUUCGGGGUCGGGGUGUUUGAGUUUUCCACCAUUUUCCUCGUGUGGUUCUUCUUGUUCAGAACAAGCAAGAACCCUGACCCGCUGGAUGAACAACAACACCUUCUGUCUGCCACAAGGUUUCAGAGGUUCACGUACGCAGAGCUAAAAUCCGCAACAAGAGGGUUCAAAGAGGAGGUUGGGCGAGGAGCGGGAGGGGUUGUUUACAAAGGGACAUUAUAUGAUAACCGUGUUGCGGCUAUUAAACGCUUAAACGAAGCUACUCAGCGAGAAGCUGAAUUUUUGGCUGAAAUAAGAACAAUUGGGAUGCUGAACCACAUGAAUUUGAUUGACAUGUGGGGUUACUGCGUUGAAGGGAAGCACAGGCUUUUAGUGUAUGAGUACAUGGAAUAUGGAUCCUUAGCGGACAAUCUAUUUGGCAACGCACUUGAUUGGAAGAAAAGGUUCAACGUUGCUGUGGGCACAGCAAGAGGUUUGGCUUACUUACACGAAGAGUGUUUGGAGUGGAUUUUGCAUUGCGACGUAAAGCCUCAAAACAUUCUCCUUAACUCAGAGUUCCAACCAAAAGUAGCAGAUUUUGGGUUGUCAAAACUUUUAAACAGAGACGAGCGUAGAAAUUGUAGUUUUUCAGGAAUAAGAGGGACUAGAGGGUACAUGGCUCUGGAAUGGGCUUACAAUCUCCGUAUCACUUCGAAGGUGGAUGUUUAUAGCUAUGGGAUAGUGGUGUUGGAAAUGGUGAGUGGAAGAAGUCCUAUGGCAAUUCACAGUCUUGAGAACAGUGGGAAUAUAGAGAAGCAUCGGCUUGUGACGUGGAUAAGGGAGAAGAUAAAGCUUGCACCCACUUUUGGGUUUCGGAUGGAGGAGAUAAUUGAUCCCAGCUUAGAAGGAAACUACAACGUUUCAGAAGUAGAGGUUUUGGUUGAAGUGGCUUUGCAGUGCGUGCAAGAUGAUAUGAAUGAAAGACCAUCCAUGAGCCAAGUUGCAGAGAUGCUUCGGGCUCAUCAAAAUAAACUCCUACCUCUUUAAUUAUAUUUCGUCUUUUAAUUUUCUUAUUCUUCUUGUUUUUGGAUUCUUGCCACUGCUGCUUAUUUUGAAGGAAAGGAUGAAUGACAUAACAAUGAAGUUUUGUUUAUGCUUCAUUGCUACUGUUUCUUACGCAAUAUUAUCUAGGUUUCAUUGUUGGUUGAGAUAGUUAUAAAAAUCUCUGUUUCCGUUAUAAUUCUAUUUUAA